AUGUCGGAUGAUAAACAAGAACCUAAUGUAAAUAAGAAAGAAUAUAAUCCAAAAUUGGACUUUUAUAGUGCAGAAUUUGAUCCGUUGUUAGCAUUAAAUACUCCCUCGGUUAGUGUCCCAGUUCCCAAUGCUAAAAGGUAUGAUAAUUUAGCCGCCUUCACUUCUGCUAUGAAUAAGCAGAAAAAUCCCGAACAAAAUGAGAAUAGGAAGGAAAAAGCAUCUAAAUCUGCAGUGCCGGUAGAAAGGAAGUGGUUACCACAUCAGUUACCCACUGCCUCUCGGAAAAAGACAAAAUAUUCACGAAAUAUAUUCACCAAAAUGGAAAAUACGACUGGACCAUUAGCAUUGUUACGAAAAUGUGUAGAGGAAAAAUUAAGAAUAAAAGUAUAUACGAAGAAUCAAGAAAAAACGAGAGGUUACUGCAUAGCUUACGUAGUCGCGUUUGAUAAGCAUUUUAACUUGGCCUUGGAGGAUGUUACGGAAGUGUGGACUAGGAGGAAAAAGAAGAAAGUACCUGCUUUUGACGGUGUUGAAUCUCUAAGAAAAUCUAAAUUUCAACGGCAAUUCCAAUUUCCGGAAAUAACAAUAUCGCAGCAUUCAACAGACAAAAAAUUGGAAGUUUGUACUAGACACGUGGAGCAAAUUUUACUCAGAGGAGAACACGUGGUACUAGUGAAUGUAUUUAAUGAAGAAGAAAAAAGUGAAAUAUAAUUUUAAAAUAUAUUUUAAGAAUUAGGUUCUUAAAUGAAUCACCUUGUAUAUAUUUUGUAAUAUUCUUUAAUAUGAACGUUAUGCCUAAUAAAAUUGUUUUCAAAGUGUGUUUGCAUUUUAAUCGCAUGUAUAAGUUGGUUUUCCUCUGAAAAUUUUGUUUGAACUAUAUUUUUUUCAGCGAGCACGCAUUACGAUGUUUUGAAUAUGUCGUUUAGAUCUACUAAACGUA